UCUCUCGCUCUCUCUCUCUCUCUCUCUCACCGUAUCUUGCUUUCCUUGUCUCCCAGGUGGAUUAAACAAUGCAGCUUGUUUCUGGGCUGAGCUGAUGGGGACUGCUGAAUAGCAGAAGAGAAAUGUAACUACAUCCCUGUCACCCACUCCCUUUGCUUGAUAACAGAGGUGUGUGGAGCAAGUGAAGAUGAUGUCUUCAAAUUUUAAUGACAUAGUGAAACAAGGUUAUGUGAAGAUCAGGAGCAGACGUCUCGGGAUUUAUCAGAGAUGCUGGCUGGUGUUCAAGAAAGCAUCAAGCAAAGGGCCAAGGCGACUGGAGAAAUUUUCUGAUGAGCGUGCUGCAUAUUUUAGAUGCUAUCACAAGGUCACAGAACUUAAUAAUUUGAAGAAUGUACUCCGACUUCCAAAAAGCACAAAAAAGCAUGCAGUUGGGAUCAUUUUUAGUGAUGAUACUUCAAAGACCUUUGCUUGUGAAUCAGAGCUAGAAGCUGAUGAAUGGUGUAAAGUACUGCGUUUGGAAUGUCUAGAACCACGGACCAGUGAGCUCAGCCUCGGAGAGCCUGACUUACUUGCAUCUGGAGUACAGAGGGAAUGCAGUGAGCGGUUUAAUGUCUACUUAAUGCCAUCUCCCAACCUGGAUGUUCAUGGUGAAUGCAUGCUUCAAAUAACUUUUGAGACAAUUUGCCUUUGGGAUGUGCAAAAUCCUUGGCUAAAAUUGGUUUCAUGGCCCCUGAGUGCUCUCAGGAGGUAUGGGAGGGACCCAACCUGGUUCACGUUUGAAGCUGGGAGGAUGUGCGACACGGGAGAAGGACUGUUUAUCUUUCAGACCCGAGAUGGUGAGACUAUUUAUCAGAAGGUACAUUCGGCAGCCUUGACUAUAGCGGAACAGCAUGAGAGAUUGCUACAGAAUGUAACAAACUCGAGGCUUCAAGGGAAGAUGAAUGAAAGGACGGUAUCACUCAGUACAGUAAUGCCUCUGCCACGCAGUGCAUACUGGGAACAUAUCACACGGCAAAACAGUGCAAAUCAUCUCAACACUUUUAAAGAUGAUAGAAAUCUACUGAAACUUCCUAGGACUGACACGUUCCAUACAUACAAGUCAGAGCACUGACAGUGGCCGAAUCCAUGAACAUGAUGUCACAUGGAACAAACAUGGAAUGAACAAUAACUAAGAUAUUACAUGACAGAAAACAGAUACUGAUUUGCCCAACUUUUGCAAUACGUUUUUUUACAUUAGAAGACUGGAUAACGCUUUAUAGACAUUUACAGAUCUCAGUUUCAUAACCUGAAGCCAGAGUGGAGAAGACGUCAGACGUAUUUAUACAAUGUUUUGUAUGUCAGAUGUUUUACUGAGUAAUGUUCAUAUUGUUAUGUCUUGUUUGUUUCCAUGUCUGUAUCUGUGGAAUAGCUACUGGUUAAUAGAAACAACAAUGAAUCCCUCAUCUUAAUCAAUGUACAAUUUACAAAUCAGUGAUUGCUUUCCGAUAUAAAAUAUAUUUCCUCACACAUUAACUUUGCAAGGCAGGACUUGGACAAUGCUUGUUAAUCACAGGGCAGGAGAAAAAAGCAUUUUAGUUUUGUUUCUUUAAGUUCAGCAUCCUAGUGUCUCCAUGAAUAAAGAUUUUCCAACAGUAUUAAGAACAUUCACCUGUACAUUUCAAUGUGACUUUAGGGACAGUAAUGGUACCAUAUCAAUCUGUACAGUUACUUUUUCCUGAUUUUUCCCGAUUUACAAAAUACUUAUAACCCGUAAAACACAUUGAUAAUAAUAAAUGCCUACUGCCACAUUAACAUUUUUCUGUCACUGUUUUCUGACCCAAAACAGUACUUAUUCAAUGCCUUUUGCAGCAUCAAAAACUAAAUUCUGACUAAAAACAGUAUUAUAGAAUGCACAGUAAUUUAUGAGAAUAGCACUUUUUACAUGUGUAAUCCUCAAGACAACAACCAAGAUAUAUAGAAUGUAUAGGGACUCCAACUUAUCGACAAGGUAAAAUUAAUAGUUAGAAAACUUAGUACAAGUCUGACAGAAACUCAUAUUUUGUAGUAAUAAUGAUGAUAAUAAGAACAAUAUAACUAGGGCUAAGCAGAAACACAGCUUAAACAAGCUGUAAACAGAAAGGUUCUUUAUCGAGAACAUUAUGUACAUCUAGAGAUGAUUGUCGUGAAAUAAGUUAUAUAUUAGUGCCAUGCAAAUUGACCUACUUAAACUGGAAAAAGAUGGAAUACCUCUCAGAACAAAAUUUAAUAAAUUGUUCAACUGUUUUAAAACAACCGAAGUAAAUGAGGUUAAAUAUCCUUUCAUUGUUUAAUAACAGAAUUUAUUAAAUGUUUUAUAGCAUAUAAUAAAAUAAUGUGGAGAAGGAAAAUAAAACCAGAACAUAAAGUCAGUGAUUUCAGAUAUCACCCCCCUUGUUAUAUUGUCACUGUUGUUGAUACCAUGGCAUCUAAUAAGUCAAAUUUUCAUGUACUAUAUAUAGACUUAAUUGCAGAACAAAGAAGACAUUAUUUUUGCAAUAUAAUUUUAGAAUUGUAAGUUAUGAUCACAACCUAAGCUCAGACAAUGCAGUGUGACUUUUAAGAUGCACAAUAAUUUAAGAUAUUUUUUCAUACUUAGCUUGAUCUUAAGUGCUUUCGAGAAAUAUUUAUAUACAGUUUAUGUACCAUUUGUAGCGAAGCACUGUAUCUGUAAAGUGCAGUGACAUGUGAGUAAAAUAUUUUCUAUUUUGCUUUUCACAGAACCUCACUCAUUGGCUUCUCUACCUGUAUCCAAUUGGUAUAUUCAUUUUAUGAGAUGGAAUCUGGCAUUCCUAGGCUAGGUGAGAGCCCUAUGGCCCAUUUGUUUAUGUCCUGGAAGCUGCAUAAUCCUAUCUAUUCCCCAGUGGAAAGACUUCAGUGUCAGAUAACUAGUCAGCUUUCAGGUCUUGUGGAGGAUUACCUUUCUCCAGGUAGAACACCACCUCAGCUGCUUUCUGAGCUGUGAUGCAUGCUGCCAUUAUUGGAGUUUGCCUCCACACAGUAAAUCCCCAUGCUCAUGCAUCUGCACUAUGGUAGUGCAUGCUGCAUAGGCCCAUACCCCAUGAGUGUAACAUCUACUGUUUUUCCACUAGGUCACACAUAAAUGGUGAGUCAGAGCUGUGGCCUUCCUCAGGAUGUGUGAGACAGCAGUAGCCAAUCACACACAUCCUCCCCUAUCAGCUCUGUCAGAUGACUUGAGGUGUUAAUUGAACUUUGGAUGCCUGUGCCAUAUUAGAUAGAGCUUUAUCCUUCCAUACCACAAAGCUGGCAUGAGCAGUCUUAAUGCAGAAGCAAAACUUGAGACAGCUGUUCUCUUUUGUCCUUAAAUGCUAUUUAGUAUAAAAUAUUACCAUUACGGCAUCAGAGUAAUUAGAUGACAUUUUCUGCAGUCUUUAAUAAACUGGAAUGAUAAUUCAGAGAAAAGUUAUCAUUUUAGAGAGCACAUCUCAGGUCUGCAAUUCGUGCUUUGCAAAAUUCAGAUAAAUAUAACUGGAAUGCCAAGUGAAACCUAUCUGGUGGGGGUGUUAACGAUGAAAACAGAGAAAUA